AUGGCUACCGUUUGCGAGCUCGUUCAAUUGCCAGUUGGAAGCAAGUGUGGCGAAUGGACGAUUCUAAAAAAGCUUGGUGAAGGCGCGUUCGGCGCCGUGUACCUCGUGAAGGGAAAAGACAAAGACAUGGAGUACGCGCUGAAAGUUGAAGCCGAAACCGAUCCGUUGGGACUUCUUCGAAUGGAGGUGUUCGUCUUAAUGGAAUUGAAGCGACAGAAAUACGAGGGAAGGCAUUUUUUGGAUAUGGUUGAUAAGGGAAAUGUUGUGGGAAAAUUCAACUACAUGGUGAUGACAUUGGUGGGAAAAAGCUUUCAAGAUCUUCGCAAAAAGGCGCCGUUCCGCAAAUUCUCGAUGGGAACCGCGAUUUCGAUUGCCCGACAAUCGCUUGAAGCCGUUGAGGAUUUACACAAUAUUGGCAUUUUGCAUCGCGACAUCAAACCCGGAAAUUAUACGAUUGGACGGAAAGAGAUGAACGAGCUGCGCAAGGUUUAUAUGCUCGAUUUUGGAAUGGCGCGAAAAUUCGCCAGAGAAGAUGGCACUUUGAGAAACCCGAGAGCUCGCGCCGGCUUCCGCGGCACCGUCAAAUACGCGCCGCUAGCGUGCCACAUUCAACGCGAGCAAUGCCGCAAAGACGACAUCGAGAGCUGGUUGUACAUGGUUGUCGAGAUGACGUGCGGCAAACUGCCGUGGCGCAAUCUCACCGAGACCGAAGACGUCGGCGUGUUCAAGAAGGACUGCAAGACGAAUCGAAUCCGCUGCCUGUUCGGCGGCUGCCCGCGCGAAUACACGGAAAUCUUUCCGAUUCUCGACAAAGGCAAAUUCUUCGACGCGCCCGACUAUCCAGCAAUCUACGAGCUUCUCGAGAAGGCGAUGGUGAACACGAGAAGCAACGAGUUCCCAUAUGAUUGGGAGUAG